AUGCCUCGACAAGCAUACCGAGAAGACGGCCAAGGUGGCCAAAGGAACAGGGGGCGAGGCUAUACUGCCCGCCGGACUCUACGCGGCAAUCGCCUCGCCCGUAGGCAGCCGGAGACGCAGCAGGCCGAUGCUGAAGGGAACCGGGUUGAGCAGACUGCUGAUGACGGCAGAGCCAACUCCCCUAUGCCCGGCGCCCCCGGGCCGGCCGCGCCGAUCAGGCAAUGCAUCGAGGAACUAGUGGUGCCUGCCGAUGAAUCCCCCCAGGCUGUGGGCGCCAGGGUCCUGCAGGCUAUGGAGCAAAUGGGCGUCGAUCCUGGCAUUAUUACCAUCACGUCUGUUGAGACCUUCGCCCUUCAAUGGGUAACGCGUCGCCACGAUAGUCCUCGGCGACGACUCAGUCCAUUGGACCCUCGGGUCCUUCCUGGCCCAGGCCCAACGCCAAACAGCGGCGAUAGUGGCAGGGCGGAGGACAUCUCAGAUAGGAGUCCCCGCACUCCUGAGGAGAUUGAACGCCUUCGGGCAGUCAUUUCUCCUCCGGUGCCUGAGCCUGUGGCGGGGACUGAGCCGUCUGAGCCGGCUUCUGCGCCGGAGCCUGAACCUGUGGCGGGGACUGAGAUCCCGUCUGAGCCCGCGCCUACGCUCGGCCCUGCGGCUGCACCUGCGGCUGUCCCUACUCCCAAUACAGGGGAGCAUUUUAUCACGCCUGUUGGCACGACGCCUGUUGGCACGACGCCUAUUGAUAUGCGAGUGGCGUAUUCUGCCGAUGAAUCUCCCCAGGUUGUGGGCGCUAGGAUGCUGCAGGCUAUAGAGCAAAUGGGCAUCGAUCGUGCCUUUGGAACUAUCUCGUAUGUUGAUAGGUCUUGCUUUCAACGGGUAUCCCGUCGCCAGAUUGGUCGUAGGCGACGACUCGCUGCUCUUGACUCUCGGGUCUUUAACCUACGGCCAUAUCAUGGCGAUAGUGGCCGGGUCGAGGAUACUGAGGAGAGGCCUAGACUCUGGGGUUUAAUUCCUCGUCCAAUCCCCGAGCUUCGGCACCCCCACGAGGAGACCCUGCCCGACCUCGACCCUAAACCAGUUCCACCUGAGGCCGUCCGUCCUCAUAGUGCAGGGCGGCAUUCGGCGUCAGCCCCAAUUAUGAUGACAAUUGAUAGACGGGACGAGGAGGACUACCUUUUCAGCGAUGAUGAAGUCCAGGGCGACGCAGGUGCAGAAGGGGCGGGCGACCAGCCGCCCCAGGAUAACGACGGCGAUAGCCGUGUGAGCCUUAAUAGCAUUCACGGCCGCUCCCAGUCAUGA